GAUUGUUACUAACCAAAACAAAGAUGGCGGACAAAUACCGCAAGAAAUUUUGAUACUUGCAAUAAAGUCCUCAACGCUCUUGUUGAACUGUUAUAAAGUGCCCGUAUCAUCUGCAGGUGGGUUGGGCUGCCUCCAUGCCAGCAGGUUCCCUGUCUAACCUCCUUACACUGUGUGAGUGUCCAGGAACCAUGUGGGAGGGGUCCAGGCUUCGCUUGCCGUGCGGGGUCCGCGUACGUUUCCUGUACGACCCCCAGGGGUGGUGCGCGCUCGGAGUCAUCUCCUUCAUCUGGGCGUACAACACCGCGUUCAUCCCCAGCCUCGUUAUCGUGCCCAUGUACUAUGAUGGCAAGCUGCCGUUAGGAACCCUUAUCUUCUACUUCCUGAUGUCCAUCAUGACGGUGGUGUGUCUGUACCUAUCAGUGACCACCAACCCUGGAACUGUGCCACUGGACAUCCAGCCAUCCGCUGUUGAGGCUGCUGAUUGGACGAUCUGCAAAGUGUGUCAGAUCAGGAGACCACCCCGUUCCCACCACUGCAGGAGAUGUCAGCAGUGUGUCCGGAAAAUGGACCAUCACUGUCCAUGGAUUAACAACUGUGUAGGGGAGGAAAACCACUGGCUCUUCAUGCAGCUCCUGUAUUACACCCUAAUACUGGUCUCCAUGAGUAUUGCACUUGCAGUGCUCCAUCUCUACUACUCACCGCCGUGCAGCUACUGCAAUACGGACAUUUUCCCGUACAGUUACACCCGCCCCCUGCUAUGGUUCACCUGCGGACAGGGUGUGCUCUUCUUCCCUGCAGCUAUUGGUCUUGUAUUCGGACAAACCUUCAACAUCCUCAUAGAUAGAACAACACUGGAAAACUUGGCAGACCCUUACUUCAGAUCAGGAAUACCCAGUCCACGUGCAAUCCACGAGGCCUUCUCGGAUAUCUGUGGGACCAAGAAUGUGCUGUGCUGGCUGUGGCCGCUGCGCAGGAGACGGGCAAUAACAGCACAGGCUGGGGGCUCUUACUACAGGCACAUUUAGGGGCUCUUACUACAGGCACAUGUAGGGGCUCUUACUACAGGCACAUGUAGGGGCUCUUACUACAGGCACAUGUAGGGGCUCUUACUACAGGCACAUGUAGGGCUCUUACUACAGGCACAUGUAGGGCUCUUACUACAGGCACAUGUAAGGGCUCUUACUACAGGCACAUGUAAGGGCUCUUACUACAGGCACAUGUAGGGGCUCUUACUACAGGCACAUGUAGGGGCUCUUACUACAGGCACAUGUAGGGGCUCUUACUACAGGCACAUGUAGGGGCUCUUACUACAGGCACAUGUAGGGGCUCUUACUACAGGCACAUGUAGGGGCUCUUACUACAGGCACAUGUAGGGCUCUUACUACAGGCACAUGUAGGGCUCUUACUACAGGCACAUGUAAGGGCUCUUACUACAGGCACAUGUAAGGGCUCUUACUACAGGCACAUUUAGGGGCUCUUACUACAGGCACAUGUAGGGGCUCUUACUACAGGCACAUGUAGGGGCUCUUACUACAGGCACACGUAGGGGCUCUUACUACAGGCACAUGUAGAUGGAAUUAUUAAUCAUAAAGAAGCCAUGGCUGCUAGGAAUCAAAAAAUCUUAUAGCUAUGCCUCGUUUUCAGGAGGGACUUCAACAUUUUAGCUUAUUGGUGCACCUGACUAGUGCACCUACUACAGACAAAUGGAGCUGAUUUUCCUACAAACUUUCUUGCAAUCUGACUUUCCUAAUCUAAUUGUAAUCAAUGUACUAUGACUACGUACAUGUGUAUAAAUGUGAAAAUUACUGUCAGCAAUAUGAACUACAGUUGCAGAACUAGACCACUAUGGCUGUGUGUAUACGGCUCUAACAUUGUAUCUACAUUUCUUAAUGAUACUACACUUUUGAAUGUGCUGUACUGGGGUAUAUGCAUUUUUCAAUUUAGCCAUUAAAAAAUUAUGUAGAAUAGAGAAUGACUUGAUGAAGCUGUUGUACAGACAGUGUUGUCACAAGAUAACUUUUCAAAAUUAAGGUCUUAAGGACAAUGGAAAGUCAGGUUGGUUACAUUAUGGGGAUAGAUAGAUGUAAAAGUUUACCAGCCAUACUUGACUGCCAUACAGCCAUGACCACAGACUGUGGUAGCACUUGCUCCUAUGCAGCAUCGGCUUUGGUGUAUACAAUAUACCUUUGGGAGGCCCUGGGCUGAGGUUUCCGCCUUUGGGGGUGUGGCCUCUAACCAUCUGUCAGCCAAUCAGAGAAUAACCUAAAUGUUUUCUAAAGCUCAUUCUCUGAUUGGCUGACAGCUGUUUAGUAGCCACACCCACAAAAGUGGAAACUGAAGUCCAGUUCAGCAGUCUUCUGCAGCACACAGCACAUUAUUGUAUUGGUCGUGGGAGAGGGCGAGGCUCUGCAUAGAAGAAUAGCUAAGCUACCUGCACUAUUUCUUUCUCAUAAGACAAUGAAUGGCUCCUUUUUUCAUAGUCAUAAGACAGAGGUAUUGAUACAUUUAUGUUAAAAAAGUAGAAGCUAUUAUAUUCUGUAAAAGCUGUUAUUGCUGGAUAUCACUUCCUUAUAAUUGAUGCAAUCAUAAAAAUCAAGUUGAAGAGCUAAUAUAUAACUAUAGGAUAAUGUGGUGUGAGGACAACAGGGUGUAUUUAUUACCACUGGUAAAAAAAAAACCUUUGGUGUAUAUAUAAGAAGAAAUGAAUCAGUAAGAAUAAGAGCUCUAUGAGAGGACAUGAAAAUAGGAAAGAGUUACAUUAUGAGUUGAAUAAGUUAUUAAGAAGAAGUUUGACUACAGAAUGAAGAAUUUUAAGAAAGAAUGAUUUUGUUUAUUUCUUGUCCUACCAUGAAAUAUUGUUUUUUGAGAUUUGAAGAAUGACAUGUCAUUUUGUAAGAAGUAACGUUACAGUUUUUUUUCUUCAGACUACUGACUGUGUAAGAGAAAGUGAUAGGCCUAAUUGCACACUUGGUACUACCAAGUGAUUAUGAAUAAUGAAAAGCUGGUUGCGAUUGUGCCUCUUCUUGCCAAGUCUUCUUGGUGAAGUAUGACAAGGUCUUUUGUAUUUUUGCACUUGUGGUACAUCUUUGUAUGUUUGCAUAUUUGAAAUGGACAUUUAACUACAGCAAUCAUGAUGUGUAUCAUGUACCAUUGUAAUAUAAUAGUGGAGCACAUGCGCUGUGAAGAAAUUCUGAGUUUCAAGCAAA